AUGGCGCCGAAAGGGAAGGGGGAUGCCAAGAAGGCCGAAAAGGCCGCCAAGGCCGUGAAAGGCACCAUCAGCUCCAAGGCGAAGAAGAUCCGGACGAAGGUUCGCUUCUAUCGUCCGAAGACUCUGAUCAAGGCCCGCGAUCCGAAGUACCCAAGGAGGUCGGUGGAGAGCCGAGGCGACAAACUCGACAAGUAUCGCAUCAUCCAGUGCCCGGUGACUACCGAGUCGGCGAUGAAGAAGAUCGAGGAGAUCAACACCCUGGUCUUCCUGGUCGACUUGAAGGCCACGAAGCCGAAGAUCAAGGAGGCGGUCAAGCAGCUCUACGACGUCAAGUGCGCAAAGGUCAACACUCUCAUUCGCCCGGAUGGGAAGAAGAAGGCCUACGUCCGCCUCACCCAGGAUUACGACGCUCUGGAUGUGGCCAACCGUAUCGGCAUCAUCUAA